GCUGCAGAUGUCAGCCCAUUGGUACCUUUGAGAAUUAAACGUAAUCGUACUUUGGGGUGGGGUUCUAAAAUCAAGGUACUCCCCUUGGACAUGCCCAAUGACUCAAUAUGUGACAUCACCCUGCUGCAUGGGCGUUUCGACCAAUCAAAUGGAAGUAAACAGCUCCAAAAGUGAACGUUAUGAUACCCCCGCGAGCCCUCCCCUACCUUUGCCCCUGCACACACCGUGCUCCUGGAAGUUGUCAUGGAGAUAGACCCGUCCCAGGCGUCUGCUCUCGGGAUUGUUGCCAUGGAGAUCCCUGCUCGAGGUGAGCUCUCGGCAGUGCAGGAGGACGAGAGCAGCACGCAACUAGGGUUCGAGAAGCGAAUUCAGGACCUUGGAGAGCAGCGGCGCCAAGGACCCCCUUUCAACCAAGGGAACUACUACAUGCUUAUAGUGAUAGGAGAGAUAGCGACAGACCACCAGCUGCAACGCGCUAGAGACCAAGUUGAGCGGGGGAUUCGCUCCUGGGACAUCAGCCUCAAGUCAUGUGAUCUGGACCAGCAGCUGCAGCUAUUUGUGACGCGUCACUCCGCCCAGUUCUCUGCAGAGGUCAGAGGGCAAAGGACUCUCCACCACAAGAGUGAUGUCCUAGAGACAGUCGUGUUGGUCAACCCAUCAGAGGAUACAGUUGCUUCAGAGAUCCAGUCUCUAGUCACAGACUCAGCAGGACACAAACUCCUGGUCCUGAGUGGGCAGAACUCCGACCACGGUGACCUGCUUCUCCAAAGUGGGGUUUUCACCUAUAAGAGCUUCUCACAAGUCUUUGCUGAUCCUAGGGUCAGUGAUUUGCUGGGCGAAGCAGCCCCCAAGCAGCGGGCCACACUCACUGUGUCCUGCCGAUCGGAGGUGGGUUGGAGCUCCCUGGGUCAGCAGCAGCACUUACGGGAGUUCCUUGAGUACAGACUGAACACUGAGCCUGUGCUACCCAAGAUGGAGGGAGUCACAGAGUUCACGGAGUACAUCUCCGAGACGGUGGAUGUGCCUUCUCCCUUUGACCUCCUGGAGCCGCCCACAUCUGGAGGCUUCCUGAAACUGUCCAGGCCCUGUUGUUACAUCUUCCCUGGGGGGAGGGGCGACUCGGCCCUGUUUGCGGUCAAUGGCUUCAACAUCCUAGUGGAUGGAGGCUCUGAACGUAAAUCAUGCUUCUGGAAGCUGGUCAGACACUUGGACCGCAUCGACUCAAUUCUACUCACUCACAUUGGUGCAGACAAUCUGCCAGGCAUCAACGGGCUCCUUCAGAGGAAAAUAGCAGAGCAGGAAGAGGAGCAGUCACAAGGCUCAACCACCUACAGUGACUGGAUGAAGAACCUGAUCUCUCCAGAGCUUGGUGUGAUCUUCUUCAAUGUACCCGAGAAGCUACGUAUGCCAGAAUCAAACCUAAAGGUCAAGCGCAGCAUCGAGGAGGCCUCCCUCACGUUGCAGUACCUCAACAAACUGGGAAUCAAGCCGGAGCCUCUCUGUAGACUGGUCAGCAACACUAUUGAGCCUUUCACUCUUUUCCAUAAGAUGGGGGUGGGCAAGUUAGACAUGUAUGUUCUGAACCCCGUCAAGGACAGUAAGGAGAUGCAGUUUCUCAUGCAGAAGUGGGCUGGUAACAGCAAGGCCAAAACAGGCAUUGUGCUCCCCAAUGGAAAAGAGGGAGAAAUAUCCGUACCUUACCUGACGUCAGUUACAGCAUUAGUCGUGUGGCUUCCUGCCAAUCCUGCCGAAAAGAUUGUCAGAGUGCUGUUCCCUGGAAACGCACCACAAAACAAAGUCCUGGAGGGACUAGAGAAAUUAAAGCACCUUGACUUCUUGCGAUACCCAGUAGCCACACAAAAAGACAUAGCCUCAGGGGCUCCUCCCUCUGUUGUAAAACAGACAAAGUUAAAGCAAAGGACAGACAGCAAAGAAAGUCUGAAAUCAUCUCCCAAGACUACAAAACCCCUUAAGAAAGAAGCAGAUGAUGUGGUAUCGGCAGUCACAGAGGCAACAAGUGACUUUGUAAAGGAGAACAAGAUAGAGAAAAAGGAGAAGAAACUUAAAGAGAAUGAAAAACCCACAAAAAUAAUAAAAUCCAAGACUGAUGCACCAGAAAAGAAAAAACUAUUGAAGGAGAAAUCCUUGAGAAAACAUUCAAAGGAAAGGGCAUCCAAGAUGGAUGAGAAAAAAGACAAGGAAAAGAAAGAGAAAGUCAAGAAAGUUGACACAGCUAAAAAAGAAGAGAGAAAAGACUCCAAAGUUGACAAGAAAAAAGAUGCGCCUAAGUCAGAGUUGAGAAAGAUAACAAAACCUGACUUAAAACCCCUCACACCAGAGGUCAGAAGGACCCUGCACAGGGCAAAAGUGUCAAGUAAACCCAAAACCGACAAAAGCAAAGGCAAAGCGGCCAAGGCAGCGCCGGCUGAACCCAAACCGGAGGAACCAGCAGCAGAGAACAUUCAACCUGACCCACUACAGAAUGGGGGUAUUGAGGGCAUAUCUGCUUCCUCCACUCCAGAAGAUCUUACCAAGGACUUUGAGGAGUUCAAACAAGAUGAGGUAUCAUCAGAGCCACCAGAGAGUGCAGUGGAGACACCAGCAGAGGAAAGCAUGGCCGAAUCCCCUACCCAGGAGGAGGAGAAAGAACAGGAAACUGUCUCUAAAACUCCACCAGGCACAACGUCUCCUGAGAAGGGAGUAAUGGAAGUUGAAACUGAGUCUCAAAGCAAAGAGGACCAAUUAACACAAGAGCAUAAAGAAGAAUUACAAGCAGAGAAAGUGGAACUAUGUGAGGAUGAGGGAGCUGCAGUUGAAGAUGAGGAGGAGGAAGAAAAAGAAGGCCCGAUUGCAGAGAGGAAAACAUUUCAGGAAGAGGAAGAUAUGGGGAUAGGGGAGGAAGAAGAUGAUGCAAAAGAUGAUGUGAAGGAUAAUGAACUAGACAGGAAACAUGAGCUGGAGGACAUGGAGAAAGUUGAAAAGCCCACAGAUAUGGCGGUAACAAAAGAGGAAAGCAGAAGAGCUUCAUCCCAGGAGGAGGAACAGGACGAAGAUGGACAUGUUGUUGAAAAGGCUGAGCUGGAAGAGGUAGAAGUUCUAGACAUGAUAGCAGAUGAAGAGGUCAAAAUCAAACCUGAAGCGGGAGAGAAAGAAACAUUGGCCAAGAAUGGGGAAAGCAAAGCAGUUAAACAUACUCCUGGAGCUAAAGAGGAGGAUGAGGCAGAAGAAGAGGGCUAUGUGUCAAAUGUGGGAGGCGCUACCGUCGACAUAGUGUCAACACUGCAAGGAACUGCUGCAGCCGAGCCCAUCUCCUUCAUUCAAGACGAAACCAUUCCAGGCCACUCUGAAACUGAACAGACCAUCUCUGAUGAGGAAGUUCACGAAGAGGCUGAUGACAGGAUACUAAACCUCCAAUACGAAGUGGGUGCAUAUGACAUCUCUGUCCCAGAUCAGACAGGCUCCUUUGACACCAUCCAUGGGAUGAAGGAGAUGCAAGCAUCAGCUAUGGCUGAUGUAACAGCCAAAGGUUUUAUUUGUGGACAGGAGCAAGUAUCGGUAUUCACUAACAUCAUUGCUGCUCCCUUGGCUGAGGAGGAACAUGUUUCCUCAGCCACAUCCAUCACAGAGUAUGAUAAAUUGUCCUCCUUCCCCACCUCUAUUGCAGAGGACCAAUCAGUGGCCUCUGUCGCUACACCUCAGACUGAGGAAACAGGCAAAAGCUCUCUGCUUCUUGACACUGUUAAUAGCGUUCCCCUGGCAAUUCCAACGGAGGCCACACAUGGGAAAGAACAUUUACACUCUGCUGGGACCAUCUCACCAACAUCCUCCUUAGAGGAAGACAAGUACAUGAAGUCAGUUCCAUCCGAAGAGUGCCUGUCGGUUAUCUCUGAUUUGAAGACGGAGGCUAACGUCAUCAAGACUCAUGAGGAAGAGGAAGAAGCUCAGGACCAAACUCAGAACGUUGACAUUUCACUUGGGGAGAGCUAUGCCUCCCCUCAAAUGCUCUGGGAUAGGGAUGUGGAACAGCUCCCUGCUUCUGAGGCUCCUGUCUCCAAACUUGUUCAGGAUUUGAAGCAGGAUCACCUACCAGUUGAGGAGGUACAACUCUUUAAGUCCAAAGAAGACAUCUUAACAGUGGUGCCUUCAAAACCCCUUUCACCCCCACCCUCUUUCUCAACGCAUUUUAGGUCAGACUCAUUUACUUCGGAAGGUGAAGAGCGAUGCUGCAGUCCAGACGAUAGCACUGUGAAAAUGGCCUCCCCCACACAAUCUUCCCACCCCAGUGCAACCAGCUCUCCAACUCACUCUCCUCUUCAUCAGUCGCCUGUGGAGGAAAAGACCCAGGACUUCCCAGGACUGGAGCAUCAAACACAGGGGGACCUUCAUGAUUCUGCCACCAAAACAGAAGAUAAGGAUGCAAAGAAAGAUCAAGCGGAAAAGGAAGAUAAAGUGGAUAAGAAUAAAAAAUUGGAUGCUGACAUCAUGAAAGUUGAGUCGGACCUACUACCAUCGGUGGAGAAAUCAUUUCAAAAAGACUUGCCCAUUACAAAAGCGGAAGAAAAAGAUGGUCUCUCCCCUUCCAAAGGUGAGAUGGAACAGGAACCGGAGACAACUCCUCUUACCUCUGAGUCAGUCACAGGCAAAGACGAAGCUUCCAUAUCAGGAAAGGAAUCUCUGACAGUAGACAUUUCUAGUGGUAAGGCUAUACUCAAACACAGUGACGAGGAAGAUGAUGACCAUCAACAGAAAGAAUCCAAAGUGUGCAGUAAGGCUAAAUUCCCAAAGGGGAAGGAGAGUAGUUUCUUAGAUUAUGACGAUGGUGAGGAUGAUAUAACGAUAGUAAAACCCAUCAAACAGGACAUGAAGGAUACAGAAGAAAAUGACACACAUGAGGCUAAAACUAUCAAGGAAGAGAAAGAGGAGAAAGAAAAACAAGACGUGUUUGAAGCUGAAACCAUCAAGGAAGAAAAGAAAGAAACAGAUAAAAUUGGUACAACUGAAGCUACUACUGAAGCUGAGCCCAUCAAGGAAGAUAAAGAUGAGAAAGUGAAGGAAAAAGAUUACAUUCAUGAAGCUGAACCCAUCAAGGAAGAGAAGAAAGAAACAGAAAAGGUUGGUAUAACUGAAGCUGAACCCAUCAAGGAAGAGAAGAAAGAAACAGAAAAGGUUGGUACAACUGAAACUGAACCCACCAAGGAAGAGAAGAAAGAAACAGAAAAGGUUGGUACAACUGAAACUGAACCCACCAAGGAAGAGAAGAAAGAAGCAGAAAAGGUUGGUACAACUGAAACUGAACCCAUCAAGGAAGAGGGGAAAGAAGCAGAAAAGGUUGGUACAACUGAAACUGAACCCAUCAAGGAAGAUAAAGAUGACAUUCAUGAAGCUAAACCCAUCAAGGAAGAGAAGAAAGAAACAGAAAAGAUUGGUACAACUGAAGCUGAACCCAUCAAGGAAGAGAAGAAAGAAACAGAAAUUGUUGGUACCACUGAAGCUGAACCCAUCAAGGAAGAUAAAGAUGGCAUUCAUGAAGCUAAACCCAUCAAGGAAGAGGGGAAAGAAGCAGAAAAGGUUGGUACAACUGAAACUGAACCCAUCAAGGAAGAUAAAGAUGACAUUCAUGAAGCUAAACCCAUCAAGGAAGAGAAGAAAGAAACAGAAAAGGUUGGUACCACUGAUGCUGAACCCAUCAAGGAAGAGAAGAAAGAAACAGAAAAGGUUGGUACCACUGAAACUGAACCCAUCAAGGAAGAUAAAGAUGAGAAAGUGAAGGAAAAAGAUGACAUUCAAGAAGCUGAACCCAUCAAGGAAGAGAAGAAAGGAACAGAAAAGUGUGGUACCACUGAAGCUGAACCCAUCAAGGAAGAUAAAGAUGGCAUUCAUGAAGAUAAACCCAUCAAGAAAGAGAAGAAAGAAACAGAAAAGAUUGGUACAACUGAAGCUGAACCCAUCAAGGAAGAGAAGAAAGAAACAGAAAUUGUUGGUACCACUGAUGCUGAACCCAUCAAGGAAGAGAAGAAAGAAACAGAAAAGGUUGGUACCACUGAAGCUGAACCAAUCAAGGAAGAUAAAGAUGAGAAAGUGAAGGAAAAAGAUGACAUUCAUGAAGCUAAACGCAUCAAGGAAGAGAAGAAAGAAACAGAAAAGGUUGGUACAACUGAGGAAGAUGGUACAACCAAGGAAGUUGGUACAACCAAGGAAGAGAAGAAGGAAAAGGACAAAGAGAAAGAUGAUACUUGUGGGGCUGAGCCCAUCAAAGAGGAGGAGAACGAGAAGGAAAAAUAUGAUACCUUUGAGUCUGAACCUACGAAAGAAGAAAAACAGAAAGAAAUAGGGAGUAUAGUCACUUCUAAAGACGAGCUAAGCCCUUGUAUCUCUACCUCUAAAGUGGAGCCAGCCUCAGACUCCACCACUACAGAAAAAAUAGAGCAAGAGAAAGAUAACUUUGUGGCUGAACCCAUGAAAGAUGAGAAGGAUGACACUUGUAAGACUGAUGCCAUCAAGGAAGAAAAGAUGGCGAGAGAACAUCCUCUUCAGUCUGAACCAAUGAAAGAAGAGGAAAGAGAAAAAGAGAGAGAUACUUUUGACAGUGAACCGACUAAAGGAGAGCACCGAGAGAAAGAAAAGGAUGAUACAUGUAUGGUGGAAUCCACCACGGGGGGCAAGAAAGAAAAAGACGACAAUACAUGUUUUGAGAUUGAAGUGAGCCAGGAAGAGAGGAUAGAGAAAGAUGAUACUUAUGUGGCUGAAUUCAGUAAAGAACAGAAGAUGGAAAAGGAGCAAGAAAAAGAAGAUAGUGAUUUUGAAGACAUCAACGAUGAGGAAAGAGAGGAAGAUAGAGAUGACAGUUAUGGAGUUGAACCCAUAAAAGGAGACGAAAGAGCAAAAGAAAGUGAAACAGCUGACACAGUCAACUAUGAAAUGAGCGUGAAAGAGGCAGGAAAAUAUGGUUCUCAUGAGAUUGAACCUACUAGAGAGGAGAAAUGGGAGAAAGAGAAAAAGGAGGUGCAAGAGAAAGAUCUAAAAGAGGCUUUACAACACAGCGUACAGACAGCAAUGAUAGAAAAGGUAGAGGUGACUUCGGCGACAAAGCUUGAACCUACAUUUCAGGUUCAGUACUCAGACGGAGAUGAGGAAGAUGAGGAGGAAGAUGAAGAGGAAUCCAUUUGCAUGGGUGGUGCAGGCUCAAGACCUUUAUCAGUGGAACCUAGACAAUCAGAACACGAGAUCAUCUCUCAAGACCUGCUCUCCACUCAGUCAUCAGAGAAUGUGCUUAGUGACCAGACGAAGGACAGCCACUCUGAACAGACCACUGGGCUUGUGUCUACAUUACCAAAAUGGGAGACCUCUCCUGAUAAAGACCUCAAAGAGCAGCAUAAAGAGCGACAACAUAGACUCUCCCCUGAACUAGAAAAGGACAUCAAGACAACUGAGACCACAUCAGCAACCCAUCCCAGUCAAGAGUCCACCAUUGGUUUCCCUACCUUGAAACCAGUCUCUGCUAUGCCUACCACCAAAUUAGAGCCAGCCUCUGACUCCGCCACUACAGACAAACAGUCUAUAGGUUCAACACUAUUAAGCACUGACAGCAAGGCCAGUGUGACGGUAUCCACCCAGCAUGAAACACUGCUGCUAUCUAUGACAACAAGCAAAGAAGCAUCUAAUACGGAUGAAAAGACAAAGCAUGUUUCUCCAAAAGAAGAUGAGAAACCAGGCAAGGAAGCUGAGAUGGAAAUUGAAAAAGAGCGGGGAGUUUCUUCCUCAGAGCAUACACAACCUUGUUCAUAUCUUGUCUUGGAUAAAGAUUCUGAGAAGGUUCCCGAGAAAGUGAGCCACGUCGAUGCCACAAAAGCAGACAGUGCCUCUGAAAAUUUGAAAGGCUUUGACAAAAUAACAACGGAGACUGUCAGUGUGAGCUUGCAAGAGGACCAGGGCUUUGAUGUGUCUAAGUAUGAACCCUAUGAAAAGCCCAUUUCAAAAGAAAAGGAAUCAGACUAUAAAGAAGACCAUGAGGUAUCUAGAGAGUUUGAUCGGUCAACACAAAUUGGCAUUGAUGAUAAUAGGAACGUUAGCCAGGCAGAUGCUGGUGCAGCUGCAUUCUACUCAGAGGACGAGGAAAAAGAGGAACCGCUGUCAUUCAGCAGAGUUGAUUACACCCCUCCACCUUUCCCCAAGAGCGAGAGAAGUCUCCAUUGCAGCUCAAGUGCCUUCACUGAACAUGAUGACAAAGAGAAAGGUCAAGAGGAAGUGAGUGAUAGGAAGGAGGGGCAAUCUACACCACACGUGGAAAACAGCUUUAUGUAUAUAGAGACUCAAGACAACAAGACCACCCCAGCAGCAGAGCAAUACUCAUUUGCUUUCAGUCUCAAAGAAGAUAAACCUGAGAAAGUUGAGAAGGAUGAAAUGAAGGACAAGACUGGAGCAUCUCCCAGUGUAGAGGAGUAUAUACCAGUCCAGUCAGGCAGAAAGGAAACAGCCUCUUCCUCAUGGAGUCAAUCCAACACCGAUGCCCAAGCCUCAGCUACAGCCAUGCCCUUUGAAGACGUCCCUGAGAAGCAGACCACAGAGAAAGAGAAGGAAAAAGAUGAGCCAGUGAAAGACUAUAUGGAUUCAUCUGAUAGUGAGAGAGCGGACUCUCCCUGUGGUCGCUACUCACCAACGGAAAAAGACAUGUUACCUCAUCAAGCUUUGCCUAAGGAAAAGGACAAUCAGGCCACUGCUGCCCCUUUGGCCAGAUAUUCAGGACAGCUCCUAGACGAUAAUGUUCUUGCAUCUGAGUGCACUCAAAUUGGAAGCUCUAUCACCAGUAAAUCUACGAUGGGCUAUUCUGAGAGAGAAGGCACUCCGGACAGUGUAGAUAAGAGGCUACUGGUGGUGGGAGAGGAUUAUGAUGAUGAGGAAGAUGAUGCAGAAGAAGAAGCCAGUGAUCUAGAUGUGGAGAAGGGAGCGAGAGAGCAGUCUGAAAAAGAAAUAUGUAAAUGUAUAUUGGAUGUUACCACUACUUCUAAAUGUCCUGUGACAAAGGAAGGGGACAAGAAGACCCUCUCACCCGAACCUGAACCCAGCCUCCUCAAAAAGGAGGAGCCUUCCCAUUCAAUGGCCACAAGCAGCCCUCCACCAGCAGAUACUGCAGAUUCCCUUUUGAAGAAUGUAGUUGGGGCCUCGCCACUCCAGUCUGGCAGUUCCACUGCAAUAGAACAAACAGGAUCUGGAGGAUAUCCUUCUGAAUCCUCAGAGUAUUCCGAGGACAGCCAACUGGGGUUAAAGGAGGAGAGGUUUGACAGUCCUGACCCCUCUUUGCCAACCAAGUCCAGUGAAGAUAAACAUUACAGUCAGGGAGACAUUGAAGCUGACAGGCAGAGAACCCCAGAUACCACUAGUAGAAAACCUGAGGAAGAUCCUUUGUGUUACCUCUCAUCUGCCUCAGCUUUUCUAUCAACCAGCCACCAGUUGGGGGAGGAGUUAGAGACCCCCGUCAGAAUGUCUAGUGGCCCCUACAGGACAGAUUCUGAGGGUGCUUUCUUUGAGUAUUCUUUAUUCAAAGAUGAAGACUCCUCAGCCAUGCACUCAACCCUCUCAACCUCAGGGGUCAUGUUAAAGGAUGAGUACCUAGAGGCAUCUGAAAAGCUUGAAACCAAAACCAUAACGUCUGCUGGAGUUUCAGAACCACCAUGUUCCCAGCUGUCCAAACCCACUGAAACCAUAUCCACUUCAAGGGCUUUCUUUGAGGUUUCCCCAUUGCAAAGAGCUGAUUCUUCUGACAGAGAAUCCCAGGGCUCAGCGGUCAGCAAAGAGUCCUACACUUGCAAAAUGGAGGACAGUACUCUUCCAUGCCGCAUUGAAUGCCAGAAAUUUGCAGUGACAGAACAAGAAGAACGCAUGCUGUCCAUGGCUGAGACAUACAUGGUCACUAUUAACUCCAGUACAACCACAACAGUGUCACAAUCUGAUGGGGUGACAAAACCACAGCAGUCAACUGAAGCCUCUUCCAACGGGGCUACUGAGGUUAGCACAAGUCCCCAAGAAGUCCUCAGUGGAGCUAGCAAAGCCUCUUGUGUCACAACAGCAGACCUGCCUAAAACAGAACAGAAAAAGGAGGAAAAAGAGACAAAGGAUGAGAAAGACAAGAUGGCAAUGAAAGAGGAAGAAAUGAAGGUCAAGGUAGAGACCAUAAAGGAGGACACCAAAAUGCCAGAGCAGAAGGAUAAGGAGGAGACAAAACAGAUGGACGAGAAGAAAGAGGUGGCUGGAGAGAAGGAAAAGGUAGAGGAGGAGGAGAAAGUAGAGGAAAAUAAGUUGGAGGAGAAAGAGAAAGACGGGAAGGUAGAGGAGAAGAAAGACACGACUGUUGAGAAGGAGAGUGAGAAAGAGAUGGAGAGGAAGGAGGGAGAGAAAGAGAAGGUAGAGGAUAAAAAAUCAGAGAAACAGGAAGAGAAGAUUGUCGAAAGGAGGAGGAGUAGCUUAUCUGACUGGGAACUCCUACAAGGGCCGGGCGCAUGCCCAAGUGCCCCUCCUCCAGGCUAUGAAGACGAGGAGGAAGAAGCGUAUGAAAUGGAAGAAGCAGAGGAAGAGUAUGUUCAAAAAGAAUGUGUAUCCACAGGUGAGCCCACCCCUCUGUCCACAGCAGAACAUGCCCACCAUACAAAGGCAUCUGCAAAAGCAGAUGGAGAAUCCAGUUGCCCCACUGACUUGCAUAUGGAGGCUACCUCCACCUCCCCCCCUGGCUAUUCCUCGUGUGAAUUCAAACACCGCAAAGGGGAGAUCUCCCCAUCCUUCAUUAACCCCAGUCCACACGCCCUCUCCAGCGAUGAUGGCGAAGAGGACAAAGGGAGUGACCACUCUCCGGAGGGGGAUGAAGAUGACCGGGAGCAACACUCGGUCAAGAGGAGGUCUCACAAGCAGAAGCGACAGCACAUUCAAAGUGGAGCUGCUGGAGCUGGAGCGGGAUCGCACCCAGUUUCCAUGCCUCCUGGUGGCAUGGCAACUGGACUUGGGAUAGUGCUAGCUGGAGAGGAGACGCCCCCCACAUCAGCAAGUGACUCGUUGGCGUCCCAGUCGGACUCUGACGUACCUCCCGAGACCGAGGAGUGCCCGUCGAUAACCGCAGAGGGGAACCUGGACUCUGACGAAGAUGCAGAACACCUGCCGGUGGAUAAACUAUCUGCCUCCGCCACAGGAGGGGGCACUCAACCCUCGCCCAGAUCAGCUGCGAAGGCCCAUGACCCCCCACCUGCCCCCAUGAAGGAUCCGCUCCCCCACCUGCCUCACCCUGAUGUGUGCAUGGUGGACCCAGAGGCCCUCCCUGACAACCAGAGCAGCACAGAGAAAAUGCUCAAGAAGGACCACAAGACCACCAAGAGCCUGCGGAAGGGCCUGGGCAAGCCUAAGUCUGCAUCGCCAGCCCGGAAGGGGAAGCGGUCUACCACCCCUGCGAAGCAGGCCUCCAAGGAUUCCUCGCCUCGAUCGGUCUCUCUGAGGAGGAGGGACACGGAAAGGAGCUCUAGGCUGACGUGGAUGUCCGAGGGCCAGGGAUCCAAGGUGGACCUACACGCUCCAGGGAAAGGCCUUGUGAAUGGCGUCAAGAGCAAUUUGGGUACCAACUCCCAGAAAUCUAGUUCAGCCGUCCCCCCUGGUCCUCCAAUCUAUGUGGACCUGGCCUACGUGCCCAACCACUGCAGUGCUAAGAACGUGGACCAGGAGUUCUUCAAGCGGGUACGUGCUGCGUACUACGUGGUGAGCGGCAACGACCCAGCUGGUGGAGAGCCUAGUCGUGGAGUCCUGGAUUCCCUGCUCGAGGGAAAGGCCACGUGGGGCUCCAAUCUACAGGUGACUCUGAUCCCUACUCAUGACACGGAGGUGACGCGGGACUGGUACCAACAGACACAUGAAAAACAGCAGGACCUGAACAUUAUGGUCCUGGCCAGCAGCAGCACAGUGGUCAUGCAGGACGAGUCUUUCCCUGCCUGCAAGAUUGAGUUCUAAGUUCUGCGCCGCUUGCUAUUUUACCCUCCUCCCCUCAUCACUCCAUAUUUGGCAGGUAGAGAGAGGUCCUUUGCUACUCUCUAUCCUCCCAAAGCCUUCUCUUCUGUCAGCUCUACAUUUUGCUCUCUCAUGGUGUAAGACUCCAUUGCAUUUGCUGUAGUCUUCGUUUGGUGUACUGGCUUCCAACUUGGUCAAUGUCACCUGAGAACAGCCACCACAAGCAGAAACAUUGAUAUAGGGUCCAUGGUAGCUGUAAAAAGGUGUGCAUUCAUUUCUAGCACGCUUUCGGUUUAAACAACAUACUCGCACGAUAAAACCACCUCUUUCUUUGAUCUUAAUUCAUUCUGCUUUUCACAAAUAACCUCCCCAACACACACAUUUUGUGAUCAUCUGUGAAGAGGGUAAUUCUCAAUAGUUAUUUCAAAGCUUUCCAAUCAUACUGCACCCAAAUCCACAUCUAAAUGGACAACACUUUCCAAUCAUACUGCACCCAAAUCCACAUCUAAAUGGACAACACUUUCCAAUCAUACUGCACCCAAAUCCACAUCUAAAUGGACAACACUUUCCAAUCAUACUGCACCCAAAUCCACAUCUAAAUGGACAACACUUUCCAAUCAUACUGCACCCAAAUCCACAUCUAAAUGGACAACACUUUCCAAUCAUACUGCACCCAAAUCCACAUCUAAAUGGACAACACUUUCCAACCAAAAGAGCCAUCUUAGCAAUGUCAACUCCCAGUCAAUGAAGACGGUGCACAGUUGUGCAGUCUUACUGAUCGUCUUAAAUACCCAACAAAAUAAAAUACAAUUUAAAAAAUUGCACAUCCAGGAGGGCCAAAGUAAGUGCCAAAACACUUUUGAGGUGUUCAACACUCUCCGAAAUAAGUCCAUAGCCUUUUAAGAGGUGAACAGUUAGUUGAUCUCAAUUGUACACAGACUACGCACAAUGUUGUAUGAUGGUAGUAUUUUUGUAAGUAUCUUAAGUUGAGGCUUUGUUUUUCGAUAUGAGAUAUUAUUCCUGUUUGGAGAUAUUACGUAAGAUGCAGCUUUCUAUUCUAUAGCGUUUGGCUUCUCAGUACUCUUAAUAACUACGUCAACUGAUGUUCCAACAAAAAAAAUGACUAUACCACAUUGCUUGUCGUGAAGCUUUAGGAGGCGCCUGAAGGUGCCACUUUUAUUGAAAGAACUAGCUUUUAUGGGUUAUUUCCCUCAGUGGCUGAAGUAUGACGCUUGCAUUUAGCUCAGACUCCUUCCUUGAAGAGGUAGAGGGUCCUUGACCGUGUGUCUAGUCCUUGCAGUCUCCAAGUAUGGAGUACAAACGUGUUCUGAUACCUAAACGUUUGGCUGGGUGUACGCUAAAGUGAACGUUAUACUGUAGGUGCCGGGCAAUGGGAUGGCAUUUCUAUAUUCACCAUAUUUAAUGGUUCUUUCUAAAUAUCUGAAGUCCUUAUCGUCGUCUUUUGUCGGUUGCAUUAGAUGAAUACUCAAUUAAAAACAUACAGUAUAAACAUUCUAUAUUGAUAUAUGGAGAGAUUGUAUUAGAGGUAUGCUAUUUUGUGAUAACACAGCAGAGGAGGAUGUUAAAUGCAGUUUCCGUACAUUUUGACGUUUUCUCCCGCUUAUUUAUAUUGUACUUGUCUGUAUGAAAGUAUUUGAUGAAGCGAUGGAAACUGCAGUGGCCUUCCUCCGUGGAGAAUGUAGCAAUAGAGUCUAUUCCGUCCUUGUGAGACCGGGUUGUGUGGAGGUUGUGUGGGUGUUAUUUUGCAAAAAUGACUGCGGUGGUAGGCGGUCGCUCACAUGUGCCUUCUGGUUGCGGUAUAUUGGGCAAGCGAGAAGGAUUAGAGAGGAGUAUGAUAAGGGCUUCUUCCUCUUUCAUACUAUCCAUUGUGGAGCGGUGAACUUGGAUCCAGGGAUAAGUCAAGAAACAGUGGAGAAAAUGCCACACGGACAAAUCGAUAGUCGUUGUCCAGGGAUAUCUAGUUAGCCUAAUAUCCAUAUGGAUGGAUGCUGUAUACGCACAAGGUUGGUAGGUGAAAAGCUAAUUAGCCAGCUUAGCCAGCACAUUUAGAUUCAGUUACUGAUAUGCUGGUCAGCAUUUGUCCCCUAUCUUAAAGUGUCACCCAGCAAAUGUAUCAAACAAUAACAUGAUCAAAGAGCAAGGUAUUGCACCAAGCAAGAAUGCACUUUUCCAGAGGGGGUUUUAGGAGUCGGGCUGCGGUUCUAGUGAGAGAAGCACCGAAAAUAUACAAUUAUCAUUCUUUACCAUAAUGUGAACUAUGGUAGCGUUUGAUUUUAGGACAAGUACCUAGCGAAAGUACUCCAUACUGUAUGUAAAUAAAUAAAUAAAAAAGACUUGUUCUUCAGAAUGAUUUCUUAAUUGAAGAGGUACAUUUUUUUUUUAAAUAACACAGGUAGCUAUUUAUCUAGUUUAAAAAAAAAAAUCGGACUUUUCAACCCUAAGAAAAUAUUUAUCAGACGAGCAUGAAUGUGAUGUUGUUGAUUGUAGUGGGUAGAGAUGUGGCAAUGUGUACCACAGGUCAAGUAGCAUUAAGUUGUGUGUUGAAGUAUGUGCAUGAGUGGUACACACGGAGACAGGGUUGGGUUUUGAAGAUGCAUCAUAGUGGGGUUUUUUUUAAUGCCGAGUUAGCCAGUGCGGUGUGUAUUUUUGUUGGUUAAUCAGGAGGUGGAGCUUCUUAAAAUUGUCGCACUGUUUAUUGGAGCUCAUUACAAAUCUGAUUCACAUUAAAUUCCAUAGAGCUUAGUCACUUUUUGAUUAAUGUUAUAUUGUUUUCUUACAUUUUGAGGAGUUUUUUUUGUUGGUAGUUGUAUUUAUCAAAUUAAUUUACAGUUAUGUAUACAUGAUCAGUAUUAUUAUUAUUUUUUUAAAUUGUUUUUCAAUAUCAGUUACAGUACAUGUAGGACUAACACAAUUAUGAAUGUCUCUUUUGUUUACAUUUCUUAGAUUGUAUUUUCAAAAAGAUUACUGAACAUUUAUUUUAUAAUAAGCGUCUGAUUGUCAUAGAUUUCUUUUUUGCUUAGUGAUUCUUAAAAUGUAAUGUGUUUCUUAUUAGGACUGCUGCGUUGUGUGUUUGGGGCUCCUGAGUUGAGGUCAGAGAGAGUGGACUGAGUGGGGCAGACUGGUAAUUGCUGGAGAUACUUGUCUCUGACUCAUAGUCUGCUGCAGAAUCCAAGACUGCAGACAGACAAGACAUCAACCUGCAAGGGGAACACUCUCUCCUUCUAUCGGACUCAGAACCUAAACAGUCUCCUCUUAUAGGCUGAAACCAUUAACCCACAGUCUGCAGCCAUCUUGCGCUAGCCUGGGAAGGAUGCCAUCCUUGUCCUUUUGAAAAUACCUUAAUUGUAAGCUGAUAUAACAGUAUUCAGGAGAGCCUCCCCCAGGUCUGUUCUUAGACCGGCAGCAGAACUAGCCAGACUCGCGCAGCUCCGAGUGAAUGUUUCCUUUCACUAUUAUUAAGAUACUCAAUGUGUACGCUACAGAUUUAUUAUGCACUGCGAUAGCGUUGAUAUGCAUGUCAUGUUGAAUACUGUUUAGAGUCACCUAGGUUAGAGAGAGGGAGGGCAUGUAUGAAUCAAAUGUAUCAAUACAUUGAUCAAGCAAUCAGCCCAGCCGGCAAAACUAGGCAAUAUAACGUCCUAUUUGGUUCUUAACUGUUUUUUUCUGGUCAAGAAUACAUCAUAAACAUAAGCUGGUCAGAUUCCAACCAGAUAAAGACAUGUUUUUCCCGGAUGAUAUAUUACAUACCCCAGGAUAAAAGAGGCCACACUAAGCCUAUGAGAGGUUGUCAGUGAAGGUACAAAUAUAUGGCCUUGGAUAUUUUACAAUAUGUUGCAAGGGUUUCUAAACUGAACUUAUCAAACUAUACGGCGGUGUACAGACCUAGUAAUGUAUGGGUGAGGGAAAUCGGAACCAGGGUCAAGAUGCGCUGUUUAACGUAUAUAUUGUAUGGGUUUUUCUGUUUGGUCUGACAUGUUGUAUUGUCCUCAAGUCUGAGUUUGUUUUUAAUUGUGGUGGAGAAAUCUUGGUGGCUUGAUUUCGAAUACACGGCCUUUAGGAUCAAGCCUCCUGGGGCCUUGGCAGAACGCUGUGAAACUCUCAAUACAAAAAUAUAUACAACAAAUAUGACUUCGCAGGAGCAUGAUCUAAACCUGAAAUAAUAACACUGAAUGUAGGGUUGGUAUUAUUUAUGGGUUGCACCUAGGUUACUGGGUCGCAUCGUGGCCAUUGUUCUCAAUGUUCUACAAAUGCCGCAGCAUAUUGAUGUCCGACUGAUGCUAAAUUAAUGCUCAGUCUUAUCUGGACGGGGGCUAAUGACUUACGUCAAAAUUACACUAUAGUGGCCUGGAAAUACGAUGACUAGAGUAACCAAAUAAUGAUUCGAAAACAACUUUGCCAUCAUUAGGUCGUCUAGUUGACUUUAGAGAGAUGGCAAUGUUGCGAUGAGCUAGCGAAGUUAGUCAGAAAUAGCUAGCAAUGCUAACUUUAGCUAGCAAAAAAUGUCAGUGCUCUCCCCUCAAUCCUAACUUCGCUAUAGUUAUACUGCAUCCGAAGUCAAUCUGGCGACAUCACAAUGACGACAAAAAGCUUGUCCUACUCCUUUUGAAAUGUCAUCGUGUUUUCAAGCCACAGUAAUGCAUUUAAGACUAAAUCUUCAUCAGUAUCCGUUGAGACUGCAUUGAGUAGAAUUCUCAGCUGGGGCAUCAGUUCUAAAAACGUACGUUCAAAACAAUAUGGGAACGAAACGUGCAACCCAUUAAUGUUUUUAAUUUAAAUUUGACCUUUAUUUAACUAGGCAAGUCAGUUAAGAACAAAUUCUUAUUUUCACUGACGGCCUAGGAACAGCGGGUUAACUGCCCGUUCAGUGGCAGAAUGACAGAUUUGUAUCUUGUCAGCCCGGAGAUUUGAACUUGCAACCUUUUGGUUACUAGUCCAACGCUAACCACUAGGCUACCCUGCCGCCGCGGCAUUGAAUACUCAAUGCUGCUGGAUAAAAAAAAAAAACAACAACAUACAAUUGUACACAAAUAUAUGCGAAAUCAGUGGAGGAUAGCCUAAGGAAGUGAUGGACUACUGUAUUCGGAUUUAAUUUCUAGAACAAAAGUUGAACUCAAAAUGGAUAUCGCGUUUUUAUCCAUAUUGCAGUGGCUGUUGUUAAAUUUUCAGUCAUGUCCAGGAGGAAAAAAAGUGAUUUCCCGACAACACAAACAGUUGGUGUCCAAUACUUACAGAAACACACUUACAAUAACACAGAAAAAGUACCAACAGCAGCUUUUUCAUUUCCUGAAUAUGACUUGAAAACAUUGAAACAAAAACAAUUAAAAGUUAAAUGAAUGAUACAUGUACAUUCAUGUGCGGUACACAAAUAUGUAUUUACACCUUAAAACAAAAUCAAAAUAGACAUGUUUAUGAAACACAUGAUCCUUCUUGUUAUACGUUCACAUAUUAGAGGAUUUUAAUCAAGCGUAUCAAAAUCCUAGGCAUUGAACAAAGAAACAGUCAAUGCUGACUACUGUAAAGUACAGAUGAAAAACCACAAAUAUAUUUCAGUUCCAUCUCUCUCAAUACGAAACAAUGAAGUCAUUUGAACAUAAGUUCUCUGUCAUUCUCCCAUCUCAUCUCUCUGCAUGUGAACUAUUUAGUUAUUAUCCUGAAUGUAAUAAUUGAUUAACGUGGAAAUAAAUCAAGAAAUGCUCUCUUAAAACCGUAUAUUUGAAACAGGCGAUUGUUUAACUGGUAUUGGGAUGGCAUAUACUAUUACUGGGCUCUGCUUUACUGUUUUUCCCUAAGAUGUUGUUGUUCUAAGAAAAACGCUGUACUACUGUAGUUCUUCUGUUUUUGCAGCUGUAUUAAUCAUAGGUCUGUUACUAUCUUCAGUGCAAUAUUCUUGCGCUCUCUCUCUCUCUUUAAAUCUAAAAUGCAAAAAACUAGAACUACUGCAGAUUCAUUGUAAAAGGGAAACAGCCUGGUGAUGACAAAUAAAAAUAAAUUUAUUGAAAUCAGA